GUAAACAAUAAACACAAUGACUCAAACAAAGGCUACGACCACCGGAUGGCAACGACUGGGUCGCCGCAUCCUUUACACGAGUUUUCAGACCCAUCUCCUAAUAUCCGCUCUGCUGCGAAUAGGUUUAAUCUGCUACGGACAAAUACACGACAGUCAGUCAGCCGUGCCCUACACGGAUAUAGACUACAAGGUGGUGACUGAUGGAGCCCGUCAAGUUUUGGCUGGGGACACACCCUUCGCCAGGCACACUUACCGAUAUAGCCCAAUCAUGGCAUAUCUGCAGACCUUAAACAUCCUGCUUCAUCCGGCGUGGGGUAAGCUACUGUAUGCGACGUUCGAUCUGCUUAUCGCCACACUUAUUUACCGUCUGGUGCACAUGGAAAUCAAGAGCCAGUACCAGAAGACCGUACAGCACCUGCUCAGCAAGUUCAACAGGCCACGGGAUUCGGACCAAUCGCUGGAUGCCCUGGAUGAGCGAAGUCAUCCAGAGAACUUGGCCCGCGCCUCUGCUUGCUUUUGGCUUUACAAUCCGCUGACGGCUGUAAUAUCCACACGUGGAAGCGGCGACUGCUUCUCGAGCUUUUUCGUGAUACUAACUAUAUACCUGCUGUUAAAAUCUGAGCACAAUGUCGCCAGGAGUUACUGGCUUAUAUUCGGAGCGGGCUUGGCUCACGGUCUAGUCAUUCACCUCCGUUUGUAUCCGUUGUUAUUCAGUUUGGCAUACUAUUUAUCGCUAUCAACGCGGCUGACACAAACUCCCCUCGACUUCCUGUGCCAAAUCCUGCGGCCCAACAAGCAACAACUGUGCCUGAUAAGUGGAACAUUGAUCAGCCUAGUGGCCUUCACUUGGACCUUCUACACAAUGUACGGUUGGGAAUACAUAUACGAAGCCUACCUGUACCACUUUGUACGCAAGGACCCGCGACACAACUUCUCGCUGCAGUUCCUUCUACAGUACCUGGGCAGUGCGUCAAGUGUGGCGGAGCCUUCUGCGAUCCUGAAGACUCUAGUGCUGGCUCCGCAGUUCCUGCUCAUCCUCUACUUAAGCUUGAGCUUCGGUCAGUUCCGCCAGACGCUGCCAUUCUGCAUCUUUGCCGUGGCCUUUGUCAUCGUCACCUAUAAUUCGGUGGUAACCUCUCAGUACUUCAUUUGGUACUUGGCCAUUCUGCCGCUCUGUUUGAACAACUUCAAGAUGCUGUCGUGGAGAAGGUGCUUCGGUCUCCUAUUCCUCUGGCUGCUUGCCCAGGCGCUGUGGUUGCUGCCGGCCUAUUUGCUGGAGUUUCACACAUGGAACACCUUCUACUGGAUUGGACUGCAAGGAGCCGUAUUCUUUGUCACCAACGGAUACAUUUUGGAGCAGCUGUUGAGUCAUUACGGGUUCACACAAUUUAAGAUAAGCUACAGAAAGUUACUGUAAUCAAACAAUCCGCCAUACUUUAAGUGUGUGCAAAGCAGAGAUUUAAUAUAAAAAAUAAACACAAGAUAUCACAAUUGGUAGUGGCACUUAAAA